ACACUAACAACGCUUCAUUCCUCCCUCCGCUUCCCCCUCUCCCGGCAGCUGGAAGGAUCCCUUCUUGGGCCAUGCCCUUUUGGGAAUGGGGUGACGAACAACAAAUAGCGCCGCCGCAUCCCCCAUCCUGGACUUGCUUGGCCAGUCUUGUGACAGAGCCGGCGUCCGACCCCAGCCUCGGGAGUCACCUGGGCUUGGGAUUCCCUUGCGCGACAGCGCCCCCUGCUGCUCCUGGACGCUCAAGUCAAGUGCCUUGACUAACCGAGGGAGCGCUGCAGUCGUGCCAGCGGCUCGCGUUUGAAGGCGUCUCUGCCUGCGGUUCCCCCAUUGCUGGUGGCGCAGCAGCUCCUUAAUUUAGGGCCAGUCACAGUGCCUCGCUGGGUAAUCUCCUGUCGCAGCUGGUUCGCUGCAGCCGGGAACCAUGGAAAGCCUCCUCUCCACCUCCCGCCUCCUAUGCAAAAGCCGGCGUUGGCUGUGAUUGGCGUGCGCAGCUGCGGAGAGCAGAUCUGGCCGUGGCGGGAGGACCGGCGGCUGAAGAAGCGGCCGGGGUGACCGAGUGAGGCUGAAGAAGGAAGAGUUGCCGGCGGCCACAACUCUCUGUCUGCGGCUGAUGGCAGCCCCGCAGCAGUAGCGGGCACGGGACAGUGGUGAGCGCGGCGGCGGGGAGUCCAGGCCAGCCAUGCUGUCCAGGAAGGGGCUCAUCCCGGACGAGUAUGUCCUGACCCGGCUGGCCGAGGAUGUCCCCGAUCACGCCCGUUACCGUGCCCGGGAGAGGAGGGCCAGGUUCGUGGGCAAGAACGGCACGUGCAAUGUGGCGCACAAGAACAUCCGGGAGCAGGGCCGCUUCCUGCAGGACGUCUUCACCACGCUGGUGGACCUUAAGUGGCCUCACACGCUGCUCAUCUUCACCAUGUCCUUCCUGUGCAGUUGGCUGCUGUUCGCCAUGAUCUGGUGGCUCAUCGCCUUUGCUCACGGGGACUUGCACCAGAGCACCAGGAUACACCUGCAAGGUGCCAACGGGGGGUUGGGGGCGGCAGCGGUGGAAUUUGUGCCCUGUGUCACUGACAUCCACUCCUUCACCUCGGCUUUCCUCUUCUCCAUCGAGGUGCAGGUGACCAUCGGCUUUGGGGGCCGCAUGAUGACUGAGGAGUGCCCAGCUGCUAUCCUCAUACUUAUUAUACAGAACAUUGUGGGGCAGGUGAUCAAUGCCAUCAUGCUGGGCUGCAUCUUCAUGAAGACUGCCCAAGCACACCGCCGGGCAGAGACGCUCAUCUUCAGCAAGCAUGCUGUGAUUGCCCUCAGGGAGAGCAAACUCUGCUUCAUGAUGCGGGUUGGUGAUCUGCGCAAGAGCAUGAUCAUCAGCGCCACCAUCCGUAUGCAAGUGGUGAAGAAAACUAACUCCCUGGAGGGUGAGGUGGUGCCCCUCAACCAGAUAGACAUUCAGAUGGAGAACCCAGUAGGGGGCAACAGCAUCUUCCUGGUCUCCCCACUCAUCAUCUACCAUGUGAUAGACAAGAACAGUCCUCUGUACGAUGUUGCCCCAGCCAAUCUCCACCACCAUGAAGAUCUGGAAGUGAUAGUCAUCCUGGAAGGGGUGGUGGAAACAACUGGCAUCACCACCCAAGCCAGGACAUCCUAUUUGGCUGAUGAGAUCCUUUGGGGAGAAAGGUUUGUGCCUAUUGUGACAGAAGAGGAUGGCCAGUACUCAGUAGACUACUCCAAGUUUGGCAACACGGUGAAGGUGCCCACUCCUAACUGCACUGCUAGGCAACUGGAUGAAGACAGGAGCAUUAUGGACUCCAUCUCCUUGUCACCUAAGGGCACCAUUAGGAAAAGGUCUAUUAGGUUGAAACCCAAAUUUAGUAUAGCUGAUGAGCCUUCCUGACACACCAUAUAGAUCUUGUGUCUGGUGGAUGCAAUAAACAUACCCGGAAAUGUCUUCUAUUUUUGUUACUGAAGUUGGUUCCACAAGGUACGUGAGAUAAUCUGGUGCAGGAAUAAUGGUUGAUCCAGAACAUCUACAGAAAACUGGGCAUUCAUACCCUCUCUUUUGACAUUCUUAUUUAUUUGCAUAAUCACUUGGGUGGAUAAACAAUCAAAACUGAAAUAUGCCUUUUGCUGACAAAUUGUUUUCUGUGUAUUGGGUAGUAUUAUUCAUGCCUUUGCAUUGCAUAGAAUUCACCUAAUGGUUUUAUCUCUUUAUGUUAAAAAAAAAUUCUCCGUACCAGUACAGAAAAGUUGUUCAAUUUGUUAAGCUUAAUAACAAGAAAACCAGUAAUUAAUAUUUAUUACAAAAGAAAGACUGUAGACACAAGAGUGCCUGUUUACACUGCAGUGCUUUAAGUCUUAAAGAUAUAAAUGUACAGAUUAAUUUAACUUAUAAAUAAUAUUGCAUGGGUUCUUUCAUAGCUAGUGAGUUAUGAGACACAUAGUCUUAUGGCACCUUUUUGUUUUGUUCUAACUAAGUUAAAUUCAGUUCUGCCCUCAGUGUGUUGUGACAUAGCAAAUGAAAAAGAUGUUCCAAAAAUGAUAUGGUUACACGAGAUAACAGUUGCGGUUGCAACUGGCUGCAGACCAGAAACAUGAAAUGUCUUAAAUGGAUUUCAGUUGUCUUGCUUCCUGCCUUAAAACAACUGCAAACCUUUCUUCUUUGUAUUAGUGCCUAUUCCUGAAUUUUUGAACAAUUAUGCCUAUUGUAAUUGAAAUGCAGGAUUAAAUCCUUGAUCAUAAUUUGAAUUUAACUGCUAAUCUUAAUCUCUCCCCCCACCAAAAAAGGUGGGUGUGGGUUGGGUGUGGGGCGGGGUUUUGAAAAUGCUUUAUGCUGAAAAAGCUUUCUGGGGAAUGUCCCUUGUGUAAGAAAGAAAGAAGUAAUACUGUGUAGUCAGUAUUUUUACAUCUUCCACAGCAUUAACUUAAACAGCAUUUGCCAAUGAAUUGCAAUUGCAAAGUCUGGAAAGAAUUCAUGUUGAUUUAAUUGAUGGCACACUUUGGGGGCAAUUCAGCAUUUGCUAAUAAUAGAGCAAUUCCACUGAACCCACUGUGAGAUUUUCAUUAAACUGGGCUUUGGCAACCCAAAUCACAAACUAGAUCAAUGACAGUACUUAGAACUAAUUUUCUCCCAUCAUUGUAUUGAAAUUAAAUACAUUUAAAUCCAACUACUUCAUUGUCACAUUUAAAUCUACAUUACUUUUAUUUGUGUUAUUCAGUUUCUAGCCAAUACAGAAUUGUGGACCAAGCAUGUAAUGGUAAAAAGUGCAUGGGAUCUUACCUUACUUAGCAAACAACAUUUUAUAAGAAUAUAAAUUGUAAUUCCAAAGAUAAAGUCUCAAUGCAAGUUAAAUGUGCAUGUAUAUGUUUUGAUACAUUUGCAUGCCUUUACAAAAGUUGUUACACUAUUCAUUGUGCAAACUUAAAAAAAAAAAUAAGGCAGGUUUUUUGCACCCUCUGCACAGUAUUAUACAUAAAAUUGAAACAACUUGUAGCAUGGAACUAAGAGACAUAACAAUUUUUAUAAAAGCAGCACAUGAAUAAAAAGCUACAUUUAUUAAAAUUCA